AUGACACUGGAGAUGAGAGCCAAUACAGGUGGAGAUGAUGUCUCCUACUAUCGUUACAAUCCAUCUCUAGCAGUGGCCAUUGUCGCCGCUGUUCUUUAUGGGAUCGCUUUCAUUUUGACUUUCAUCCAAUGGUUUCGAUUCAAAUCCUGGGUUUGGGUGGUUAUGGUUACUGCCUCCGCAAUGGAGGCAGUUGGCUACAUCGCCCGAUGCGUUUCUACUCAGAAUGUGACCGACAAGUCCAUCUACGCCCUACAAUUCUCUCUCAUCAUUCUGGCUCCAGUCCUUAUGGCAGCAUGCUGCUAUAUUAUUUUCAGCCGCAUUCUAUUCUUAAUAGUUCCCCGCGAGGAACGUACCUUCAAACUCUGCUGGGUACCUCCACGAUUCAUCACCCCGAUCUUUGUCGGCUUCGACGUUAUUGCACUGCUUCUCCAACUAGGUGGAGCAGUGAUCAUCACGUCUGUCAGCCCCGACGAUAACAAUGCGGCAGAUAAGCUCAACCGAGGCAAACACAUUGCCCAAGCAGGUGUCAUUAUUCAACUGGCUGCGUUUGGUCUCUUCUCCAUCGCUGCUGUUCGUUUCAACUUUACCUCUAAGCGAUUCUCAAAGACCAUUCAUGACCGCUAUGAAAGCUUUGGAGAGAAAGAGUAUGUAAUUGAUGGUGUCUUGAAGAACAAGCACUGGCCAGCCUUGCUGCGAGCUGUGAAUAUCACCACUAUCUUGAUCCUGGUUCGUUCAAUCUAUCGUCUUGUCGAGUUCACUGAGGGUAGAACAGGAUACAUCAAUAAUCACGAGUGGGCCAUGUAUGUAUUCGACACAUUGGCGAUCUACCCUUGUGUUGCCCUUUUCAUCUACUGGCACCCAGGAAAGUAUUUGCCGUACCUGGGAUUCCGCUUGCCUAAGCACGUUCGCUAG